AUGUCCACAAUGACCUUGCUGUUACCGGUAAAGCCGUCUCUCCAGUCAGCAUUGCUACUUCGCUGUUUGCUGAUUCUCAUCAUAGUGUGCAGUAGCAGUGGCAGCAACAACUUCAGGAAUGCCCAAGGAGAGGCGGCAAGGGUACCGUUGGCCGAGGAUGGUUUCCCUACUACUAGUAACAACGGCCUAGUAGUAGAAGAUCCCAACGGUACCAGUACAGCUAACAGCUAUGUAUCUAGUAGGUACUGGGAGGAUCCCUUGGAGUAUCCAGACAACUAUUGUCCUCCUCCCCCGCUGGUUGCAACAGCAUCCAAUACCACCAACAGCCACAAUGGCAGAGUCUACCGUGUGGGCGUCUUGGCCAUUCGAGGCGAGGCUCAGGCGUAUGCAUCGUUUAACACGACUUUUGGGGAUUACCUGACUUCUACAGCAGGCAGUCAGCUGUCAGGAGUAAGCUUUGAAAUGGUUCCGCUGAACUUUGUACAAACGUAUUCCCUGGUGGAGAACCAGCAAGUGGACUUUAUCUAUCUCAAUCCUUCUGCGUUUAGUUGCAUGGAAAGUGAACAUGGCGCUCAGAGCUUGCUAUCCAUCAUUACACGGCACAAGGUGGCGGAGAAGACGUAUGAUCUUACCCGCUUUGGUGGUGUCAUUGCUACCCUGCAAAACAAUACGGCCAUCAAUUCCAUUCAGGAUCUCAAGGACAAGGUCAUUGCAGCGGCAUCCAUAUCCGGUCUUGGCAGUGGACAAAUGCAAUUCCGAGAAAUGCAACGUGCAGGACUUAGCUACAUUCAAGAUCCCAAGCAACUCGUCUUUACGUCCAAUCAGGGCAAGAUCGUGCAGGGAUUGCUCGACGGACACUUUGAAGUCGGAUUCAUACGGACGGAUCAAUUGGAACACUCGCACGGUCAAGAACCUGUGCAAGACUUUUUGCAACGGUUCAAGAUUAUCAAUCCACAACCACCGCAGACUCUGGACAAUGGAAUCGUCUUUCCAUUCGUAUCGAGCACGGAGCAACUGUAUCCCGAAUGGAAUAUUGCGGCGUUGCCUCAUGUACCAGAAGACGUGUCCUUUGCGGUCGUGCAAGCCUUGAUGGCAAUCCAAAAGCAUGCCCAAGCGGGCUUCAGAAUGCAACAGUGUGAGCUGGCAUUCCAGAAUCAUUCCUCCACAUCGGGACACCAUUGUGAUUCGCUGCCACUCUCUGUAUUUUUGGAGGAUGAACCCCACAAUAAAUAUCCCUGUGAUACCACACGAACCAUUGCCCAACUAGCCCAUGCGGCCAUGAUGGCGGGAGGAUACGCAGGAUGGCGGACCACACUUUCGUACAUGCCUUUGCGCUCCAUGCAUGAAGCCACCGGAUUUAUCCGAAUCGAUACGGAUGCUGAUCAAUGGAAAUGUGUACGCCACAAUAGUCUCUAUGACGCCAUUACCUGUCCGGAGGGACAUUUGCUCAAAACUCCACAGCAAGUCCAGGAGGGAUGUGCCAGUCGAGGGUUGGAAUGCCAAGAAGGAUACCAAUGCGUAUGUAAACCAUGCAAGACAGGAUAUGAUGUCGAUGUCUUUGGUGUUGACAAUACCAAUGACGAUGGCGACGACGAUAACCAUGUGGGAUGUGCCAAAAUGAGUCUUUGUGCAUCCACACUCCAUCACCAACCAUUGACAUUACGAGCCAUGGACAAUCGACAACGCGAUAAUCAAACCAUGGGAGUUGUACUGCAUGCAGGAGAAGAAUCCAACAACGUUCCAGUCGGCUACCUGGGAAAUUACGUUUAUGAAUUCAACAUUGGUGCGGAUUUUCUCGGUGUUACAACUUUGGAAAUUUACUUGGGUGGAACGCAAAUUGCAGAAUCACCUCUUCGAGUCAUUGUGUCCCAAAAGGACUGCGUGGCCGAGCGUGGAUCUCAACAUUUUGAACCCAACGUGGAUGGAGAAUGUGUCUGUAAGGGACAAUAUGUGACUCUGGGUGGUUCCUGUAUUUCCAUUUUUAUUCUCUUGCCGGCAUUAUUCGCACCAUUUGGUGUCAUGGUGGCGUUGACCAGUUUCCUUUACGUCCAGCAAAAGAGGCGAGAAGCGGAUUCGAUUUGGGAAAUCAAUCCCGACGAUCUCCUAUUCGCUCAACCGCCCGUAGUAUUGGGACAGGGAACCUUUGGGGUGGUCUGGUUGGCAGACUAUCACGGUACCAAGGUGGCCGUCAAAAAAGUGUUGCCGCCGAGAAACAUUCCUCCUGCGACAACGACAAUCAGCAGCCAUGGUCAAGGUGGCAAUGCUGAGGUCUGUGAUAUUGAGAACGACUGGUCAGGGCUUGAGCUCUUCAGCUGGCGGCAAUUGAGAAAGCAAACCUCGCGCUUAUAUGCGUUCUGUUUUGAAGAACCUGAUCGGUACGAACGAUUGAAACAAGACUUCAAAAAAGAAAUGCGAUUGCUCAGCAAGUUACGGCAUCCAUGCGUGACUUGCGUCCUUGGUGCCGUCGUAUCGCACGAAACAGAACCUCUGCUGGUGAUGGAACACAUGAGCUUUGGAUCCCUGUAUGACUUACUACACAAUGAAACCGUAGUGUUAGAGGGUGAAAUUCUCUUGGUAGUGAUGCGAGACAUUGCGCAAGGACUCAGAUUUUUGCACUCCUCCGAUCCGGCAGUGGUUCAUGGCGACAUGAAAAGCCGAAACGUCCUGAUUUCCGCGGCUGGUUUCAGAGCAAAGGUUGCUGAUUUUGGGCUCUCGCAGAAGACAAAGAAUGGGCAUGCAUGUGGCACGCCAUACUUCAUGGGUCCAGAGCUCUUAUUGGGGAACCCAAACAGCACGGCAAGUGACAUGUACAGCAUUGGGGUGGUGCUUUGGGAGCUCUAUUCGCGAAAGAAUCCCUACGAAGGCCUCAAUGCGGAAGCUGUUCUCAGGCUGGUCUGCGACCCCUUAGUCAAUAAGCGCCCCAUGGUUCCCGCAUCGUGUCCUCCACAAAUUUUUGAACUCAUGAAACAAUGUUGGAAACCUGAUCCUCGUGAGCGACCGACUGCAGAAGAUCUGGACGAAAGACUGAAGUGUCUUCACGUGGAGAACAUUGAACCGACCAAUGCCUACAACCCGCUCCGCAAGAGACCCUCAAACAGUGGACCAUUGGAUAAGUCGUUGGAUUGGAACGAUCGUCAUAGUGUGCUCUAUGAAAAGUUUCCAAAGCACGUGGCAAAUGCCUUGGCGAGAGGGGAGAAAGUGGAGCCGGAGUCCCACGAUUCCGUAUCGAUUGUAUUCGUGGAAGUGGCGGGGUUGUCACAAAUCGCAGGGAUUUGCCCAGCAAUGCUGGACAAGAUGUUCCAGCUUCUCGAUGAUCUGGCGCACAAGCACGGACUCUUCACCGUACAGACGAUUGGCGACGGCUACCUCGCGGUUGCCAAUUUGAUGGGGAACCAACCUGAUCACACCAAACGAGCCGCCGAAUUCGCAUUAGAUGCUGUAGCCGAGGCUGGCAGCUUAACGUUUGGUGGUGACGUCCCAGAAAAGAGAACGGUCCAAAUCAAAGUGGGUUUCCAUGCUGGUCCUGUCGUCACCAGCCUUGUGGGGUCUGUUCGUCCCAGGUUCUCUCUGUUCGGACAAUCCGUUUCGCUUGCAUCAAACUUGGGAAGCCAAUCCAAGCCGCAGAAGAUUCAAUGUUCAGGUUACACAAGAGAUCUGUUGUGUCAGCAAGCACCCGAUAUCGUUGUACAUCCACGAGGGGAGGUUGACAUGAAAGGUAAAGGACGGACGAAGACUUAUUGGGUUGUAUCCGCACGACCGGAGGAGUAG